AGCCCUAGAUGUGUUGUUCUAGGCUGGGAGGUCUGCCUGAAGCGGAGAUCGAAUGGGGUCUGUGCGGUCUUGGCAGGGAAAACCGAAAAUUUUUCCCACUGCUUGAGCCAGUAGUCGGUUUUUACCCUGUAGAUAACGCGACGACCAAGGCCUGCGGCCUGGUGCAAGUUAACCUAUAGGGUAAAUAGGCUGUGCUGGUUUAGUUGGUAGUGGUUUUACGGCUUAGGAAGCGCUCCUGGGGCGAUUCCUGUUGGGCCAAGGUGGU